AUGAACUUAGUCCAUUGGGUUAUAUUGGUGUUCUUUAGCAUUCCAGUUAUAAGGGCUGUCUCUUUGGAAGAUGCAUUUGUUAAGGAUUGGAUCACUUAUCUUCAUGGUGACUUAGUUCAGUUUGACAUCACACCAGAUGGAUAUCUUAUUGGUUUGACUUCCGAUAGCCAAUUGGUAAAUGUUGGCUUCACUGAAAACUAUGAUUUGAAGUGGUCAUUGGAUUUGAGUCUGAUGCCGACCCAAAUAACUGACAUCCAUUUACAGAACAAUGUUGGGGUGGUGUGGAUCUAUUCGAAGACUUCAAGAGAUGUGUUUUUAUAUGAGAGUGACAGCGGUCUUCUUCAAAGUCAAUUUCGAUUACCCUCGAAUCCGAAACAGAUUGUGAAUUUUUUCAAUAAAACGUCCUUGAUCUUAGGCUCUGAUGGCAUUAUAUAUUUCAUAGAUAUAACCACUUCAGCUAUACGGCCUCUUGAAGUUAAGGAACAUAUUGACAAAUUUCAAGUAUCCCUAGUGGAUGGAUUUGCGUAUGUUAUUAUUAACGAUACAUUGAUGUUGAAACUUAAUGCAUUAUGUGAAGUUGUUUCGACAAACCCAGUAUCGAUUGGAGCUGUACAACAAUUUAAAGAUGGCAUUAUAUUGAGCAAAUCGAAUAAAGUUUUCAAGCUCAAUCAAGAUGAAGUAGUUCUGCUCAAGGCACCUUCCAAACUAAAAAAUUUAAAAAUUAUCGAUGAGCAGUACUCUCUUGAUUAUAAUGACAAUACUUUGAUAUUACUAGAAGUAUCUUCAGAUAAGUUAGAAGUUGUCCAAUCUGGAAAGUUUGAUGGUGAAAUAAUCGAUGUCAAGGUGCCAGAUGACGCUUUGAAUGAUUUCUUGAUAAUCUACACUCUGGAGUUUAAGUUUGUUUUGGAUUUAGCUACACUCCUUACUGGUGAGUUUACUCGUGCAAAGAAGCAAGACCUCCAAAAUAUAAAAUUGACCAAAGAUGUAUUCGCGUAUAAUGACGGGGAUCUAUUACUCUACACGAUUUCUUCCACUUCGGAACAUAUUACAAUAACGCUUCUCAACUUGUUAUCAGGUUCUGUUCGUACCAUUAAUCAUAUAUUAUAUGACCUUGAAUAUGAGAGGGCCAUACUUGUUGAUAAGCCCACCUCGAAGAGCACUAUGAAUAAAUUUCAUGAUUAUUUUGAUACCGGCUCAUUUCAUACCUUUACAGCUAGCUGGCUCUUAAGAAUAAAGCGUCACUUGAAAGAAAUAGGCGAAUUUAUGUUUUCUUUGGUCGUUGAAAGUAUUAAUACUGAUGAUAAUGAAACAAUUAAUGACGAGUUCGGGUUUCAAAAGCUAAUAGUUGUACCAGAUAUAACGCAUAAAAAGGUAGUCGCAUUUGAUACAAAGGAUGGAUCGAUAUUUUGGGUGGCUAAGAUAGAUGACGUCAUUGAAUCGUCUAAUAUAGAUGACUUUGUGGGUAUCCUGGAUUCGCAAUCAACAAUAGUGUUAUAUUUCAGAUCGGUUGAUAUUUACAUUGAUAAAUCCAACGGUGAGGUCAUCAAAUGUAAUGAAGAGAAUAGGAAAACACCAUUACAACAGCAUUUAAAACAAAUGGUCCAUGACAGCCUUUUAGAUUCCACAAAUGUAACAUUGAAUAAUAUUAAAUUCUUAGGUGGAGAGAAUUACUCGUCAAAUCAAUAUAUUGCACAUCAUGCGAAAGGCGUUUUUUCUGGCUACAAAUUGAUUGCCAAUUCGCACUUAAGUAGAACUUGGCAAUUUUCUGUUAGCGAUGAGGAAAUUGUGGGUAUUUUUCAAAAACCUGAGGGCCAUAGAACCAUGUCAGCUGGUAUUAGCUUACAUGACAAAUCAGUGCUAUACAAGUAUCUCAAUCCAAAUGUUUUAGUCGUCCUUACAAGAUCAUCUGCUCUCAAUGGAUAUAUUUUAGAUGGUGUUACAGGCUCUGUUUUGUAUGCGUUUUCUCACCAAAACGAAGAUAUCGAUUUUGAUUCUAUAAAUUUAGUCAUUGAUGAUAAUUGGGUGAUUUACUCAUAUGUGACAAAAUUUCCAAGAUUUGAACAAAGAAUUAACGUUAUAGAUAUGUUUGAUUCCUCGAAAGGGUUCAAUGUUGGAGACGUAUCUGCAUUCACUUUCAAUACGACAAUCGAUUCGCUUACAUCCAAAAGCUUCAUUUUUCCUGAGCGUAUAUCAUCACUUUCAUCAACACAAACUCAAUUUGGUAUUACAGUGAAAUCUAUACUUGCUCUUACAGAGUCAGGAAAUCUAAUCGAGUUGCCCAAGUAUGUAUUAAAUAGUAGAAGGAUUGAUGAUAGGGUGCUCACGCAAGAUGAUUUUCAAGAUGAUUUUAGGAUGAUGCCAUAUGACCCCAUAAUAACGAAAAAUAAUUUUCAGAUUUUAAAUCAUAAGCACAGAUUAGGGACGAAAGGAAAAAUUUUAAGCAAACUGACUCACUUAGAGUCCACUGCGCAGGUUUGCUACAUUAGUAAUUCUGAAAUCUUCUGUCAAUAUGUUCAGCCGUCAUUGUCAUAUGACCUUUUAAGUGAAAGUUUUGACAAGAUAAAGUUGAUUUUAACGAUUGUUGCAGUUGCCAUAGCUUACGUAGCAAGCAAGCCGUUUGUUUCGAAUAAGAACUUAAAUUCAUACUGGAUUGACCGCCAACUUUAA